GGGCGGAAAGGGAGGAGCGCAGGCGGGCCGGAAAAAUGGCGGCGCUCAGUGGGCGCCUGUGGCGGCGGCCGGGAGAGGCUUUGGGGCGGACGGCGGCGGGGGCGGUGCGGGCACAGGAGCUGGCGGAGCGUCUGCGGGCGAAGCGGAGCGAGGAGGAGGAGGAGAAGAAGAAGAAGAAGAAGCAGCAGCAGCAGCAGCAGCAGCAGCAGCAGCAGCAAGAGGUGGCCGCGGAGCCGGCGCGGAGGCGGGCCCGGGAGCUGGCCGCGCUGCAGCGGGUGCACCCCAACGUGCUGGCCAAGGCGCUUCGGCAGCGAGCCGUGUACCAGGACGAGGAGGUGGUGGUUCUCAACAAGCCCUACGGCCUGCCUGUGCACGGCGGCCCCGGGGUCAAGAACUGUAUUGCUGAUGUGCUGCCGAUUUUGGCCAAGAUGCUGGUGAACAUGAAAGCUGAACCACUGCACCUGUGUCAUCGGCUGGACAAGGAGACAACGGGAGUGAUGGUGUUGGCGCGGAACAAGGAGGCAGCAGACAGGAUCCGGCUCCUCUUCAAAACUCGCCAGGUGGAGAAGAUAUACUGGGCAAUUAGUGUAGGGAGCCCAGACCCUGCUGAGGGCAUUGUGGAAAUCCCCAUGGUGGAGAGGGAGGUGCAGAGCCACCAACCUCAUUUCAAGAUGACACUGGCCCCAAACUACCGCAUGUCUCCUGAGGAUGGAAAGGUGCUGAAAAUCCGCAAGAACCGCAAUGCUGAGAGCGCUGUGACGCAGUAUCGCGUUCUGGCUAGCUCAUCUGCCUGCUCUCUGCUGGAGCUCCAGCCCAUCACAGGAGUGAAGCACCAGCUCCGGGUUCACCUGGCCUAUGGAUUGGGGUGCCCCAUCCUGGGGGAUCAUAAAUACUCGCACUGGAGCAAGCUGGCACCACAGAAGCUUCCUGAAAUCACUCUGAAGAGGCUGAAACUGCAGCAGAGCAAGUCUCGCCACCUCCCCCUGCACCUCCAUGCCUACCGCCUCUCCCUGCCACUGGGCACCAGUGGGAGCAAGCGGAUAGACCUUGUAUGUGAGCCACCCAGCUUCUUCCACAGGACACUGAGGAAGCUGGAGCUGGACAUUGCUAAGGAAUAGGACGAGGCUUGUGAACAGGACUGAUCCUUUGCGUCUCCAUACUUCUAGCACAUGAUAGUGCUGGAUCCAGCUGUGCUGCAGUGGUGUUUCACUCACAGCAAGUGGUGUGAUGAGGUUUGUGCUCUGCUGCUUGGGAGACACCUUGCCUUCUGGGUAAUGGAGUUGCUGGCUUAACCUCUGUGCCCUUCUUGUCCACAGUCCAUACCUGAUCUGGAGCAGAAAGCAUGGUGGGUGCACUCGAGCCUCUUGUUUAUACUGAUGAGGCUGGGUGGAAACUGGGCAUUGACCAUUCUGUGCUCUGAACUUGUCCCUGUCCAAUAAAGAACCCAGCUUCUGCAAAGGUGAA